AUGGAUCACAGUUCAGAUGAGGAGAUAAAUGCAAGCGGAUCUGAUUCUGAAAUGGACGAGUAUGAAAAUGAAGCAUAUGAAGAACUGAAGAAUGGGAACCUGCGUGUGAAAAUUUCUGAUGAGACUUUUGCUUGCCCCUUCUGCUCCCAGAAGAAAAGGCGUGAUUACCUUUACAAGGAUCUCCUGCAACAUGCUUCAGGGGUAGGCAAGAGUUGCUCAGAGAAAAGAAGUGCUAAGGAGAAGGCUAAUCACCUUGCACUGGUUAAGUAUUUGGAAAAGGACAUAACAGCUGCUGGUAGUACAUCAAAACCUGUGGGUGAGACUGAUCCUCAUAGUGAUUGUAGCCAUGCGGAGGAAAUGGAUAUAAGCCAAUCUGAAAUGGAGGAGUGUGAAGAUAAAUCUUAUGAAGAACUGAAGAAUGGAAAUCAUCAAGUGAAAAUUUCAGAUGAGACUUUUACUUGUCCGUACUGCCCUUCCAGGAAGAGAAAGCAUGAGUACGUAUACCAGGACCUCCUCCAGCAUGCUACUGGGGUGGGCAAGAGUCUGUCAGAGAGAAGGACUGCCAAGGAGAAGGCAGAUCACCUCGCAUUAGUUAAGUACUUGGAAAAGGAUCUAGCAGCUGCAGGCAGUUCAUCUAAACCAGCAGGCGUGACUGACAAUCUUAGCGGUUGCAGUCAAAACGAUAAGUUUGUGUGGCCUUGGACAGGUAUUGCGGUUAACCUUCCUACUACGAGGGCUGAGGAUGGGCGAUUUGUAGGGGAAAGCGGAUCUAAGUUCAGGGAUGCGUUGAUAAGUAGAGGGUUUAACCCAACAAGAGUUCAUCCGCUGUGGAACUUUCGAGGCCAUUCAGGAACUGCUGCUGUGGAAUUUAACAAAGACUGGCCUGGUUUGCACAAUGCCCUUUCCUUUGAAAAGGCUUAUGAGGCCGAUCAACAUGGGAAAAAGGAAUGGUUUGCUAGUAAUGGGGAAAAGUCUGGUAUCUACUGUUGGGUUGCACGUGCUGAUGACUAUAAUUCUAACAAUAUUAUUGGAGAACACUUAAGAAAAAUUGGUGACCUUAGAACAAUUUCUGAUCUCAUAGAGGAAGAAGCCCGAAAGCAGGACAAACUUGUAUCCAAUCUCACAAAUGUUAUUGAAACAAAGAAUAGGCACUUGAAAGAGAUGGAGUUAAGAUGUUCAGAGACUUCAGCCUCCCUCAACAAGUUGGUUCAAGAGAAAGAGAAGCUUCUUCAUGCUUACAAUGAAGAGAUAAGAAAAAUUCAAACGAGUGCAAGGGAUCACUUUCAGAAGAUAUUGACUGACCAUGAAAAGAUUAAGUUGCAACUAGAAUCUCAGAAAAAAGAGCUUGAGAGGCGUGGAUCAGAAUUGGAGAAGCGUGAGGCGAAAAAUGAAAGCGACAGACGAAUUCUUUCUGAAGAGAUUGAAAAGAAUGCCGUUAGAAACAGCUCACUUGAUUUGGCUGCUUUGGAGCAACAAAAGGCUGACGAUGAUGUCUUAAAACUGGCUGAAGAUCAGAAGAGACAAAAAGAGGAGCUUCACAAUAGAAUCAUUAAAUUGGAAAAGCAACUGGAUGCAAAACAAGCACUGGAGCUGGAAAUAGAGCGACUCCGAGGUGCAUUAAAUGUGAUGAAGCACAUGGAGGAGGAUGGUGAUGUAGAAGUUCUGAGAAAGAUGGAUGCAAUAAUAACAGAUUUGAGAGAAAAGGAAGGAGAACUCAAUGACUUAGAAGCUCUGAACCAAACUCUUAUUGUAAGGGAACGCAAGAACAAUGAUGAGCUUCAGGAUGCCCGCAAAGAACUAAUUAAUGGCUUGAAAGAGAUAGCAAAUCGUGCUCAUAUUGGUGUAAAGAGAAUGGGAGAACUUGACAGUAAACCAUUCCUUGAAGCAAUGAAGAGAAACUAUAACAAUGAAGAAGCAGAGGAAAGAGCUUCAGAAAUUUGCUCAUUGUGGGAGGAAUAUCUUAAAGAUCCAGAUUGGCAUCCUUUCAAAGUUGUUAUGGUUGAUGGGAAACAUCAGGAAAUAAUCGAUGAAGAAGAUGAAAAAUUAAGCCGUCUGAGGGAUGAGAUGGGUGAUGAAGCUUACCUGUCUGUGGCAGCAUCCUUAAUUCAGGUAAAUGAAUACAACCCCAGUGGCAGAUACAUAAUCUCAGAGUUGUGGAACUACAAAGAAGGGAGAAAGGCAUCUCUGGGAGAGGGAGUCUCAUUUUUAUUGAACAAAUGGAAAGCACUUAAGCGCAAGAGGGAAUGUUGA